UCGACUCCCUUUACCAAAGCGUUUUUCAGAAAUCGUGCACUCCACCUUUAAUGCUGUAAAAAAAAUCAUGUGUGUAGUUUUUCAUUUGUGAGUUACUUUUGAGCAUCUGCUAAAUUAAAAUCAGGCUUUUUUCAGUUCAGUUUGGGACAGCGUUUGGCAGUCGCAAUCUAAACGAAGCAUCUUAAAAAUGCCGGCUUUGCCCCUGGUCUCACGAGUCCUUCGCGUGAUCUCUGCCCAUGCCUAAAAGACAACACGUGACACGCUUAACUGUGACCACACACAUACAAUAGUGACUAUAGUGUUGAUAUUCAUCACCACACAUAAAUAUCUGUUUUCUUGAACAUUAUGCUACGCUUAUGCAUCAUUUCAUUUAUGAAUGAGUGUAAAAAAACAAUCAGUUUCACUUUGGUCUCAGAGACGCUGAAUAUAAAAGCCCCUCAGACUGCCGAGAGACCUCGUCCAACUGAACGUUCACAGGCAGCUUCUUCCAAGGGUUUCUCCAGGUUCCUAUAAUGGAAACCAUCUCUCAGGAACACAGGAAUUUGGGAAGAGCUUUGUGCAUCAUCACAGGAGCUUCCAAAGGUUACGGCCGGACACUGACCUUACAGCUGAGCUGCCUGUUGAAGUCCAGGUCCGUUCUCAUUCUGGUGGCAAGGACGGCCGAUCAGCUGAACAAAGUGAAAGAGGACAUCAUGGCUUUGAACAAGGGACACAAAAAGCUGUUUGUCCGUUGUGUGCAGGCAGAUUUAGAGAAGACGGACGGGGUCCAGAAGACAAUUCGGGCAGCUAAAGAAACAUCUUCAUCUAAGAUGGACCACGUGCUUCUUAUCAACAAUGCAGCAUCACUGGGCGAUGUGUCUCGGCUAGCGUCGUCGUUCACGGACCCGGCUGAGGUCAACCGUUACCUGUCACUCAACGUAAGCUGUGUGCUCAGCUUGACAGCCGGUGUGUUGCAAGCGUUUCCUCAUCGUGCCGGUCUCCAGCGGACGGUGGUCAACAUCACGUCUUUGUGCGCGCUGAAGGCUCUUCCGUCAUGGGUUCUGUACUGUACCGGUAAAGCGGCCCGUGACAUGAUGUUUCGGGUGUUGGCGGAGGAGGAACCUGAUGUCAGAGUGCUAAGUUAUGCUCCAGGUCCUCUGGACACAGACAUGCAGGUUCAAGCUCGUUGUUUCUCUGGAGACCUGAAGAUCCGUCAGUCGUUCUCCUCGAUGUUCUCUGAAGGAGCGCUGCUCUCCUGUGAGGAGUCCGGGGCCAAACUCAUGAAACUUCUGCUGGAUAAUGAAUACCAGUCCGGGGCCCAUAUAGACUUCUAUGAGUUAUAGAACAACAUUACAAAUCACAAAAUUAUUUAUGAUUUAUUUAUUUGUAAAUUAAAGUAAAAUGAAUCACACAACAUUAAGUGUUUGUAGUACACAUGUUUAAUUCUUUGUCUUUCAGUAAGUUAAUGACCGUUUGACCCUGACCACUUUGUGUGCAAGCUAAUAAA